GAUAAGCAAUUCUGACGCGUCUCUCAUGCGACCAAACACGCUCACCCGCUCGCGCCACCAUCCAGCUCUUUCUUUCGUCUUAUCAUUCUCUCCUCAUCGCGGGUUCGUUCGAAUUUGGCUCGAGACUUUUUGAUGACGUUUCGACUAUUAGAGUUUGGUACGUACAUCUAGUGGAAAGUCAGGCAACGGCGUGAAUUCUGUAAUCUGUUGAAAUCUAAUUACAACAAAAGGAAGUGAUACGCAAUUAGCAAAGGCGAGACAAUUUCAGUGGAAUAGUUACACUUCAGAAUAUUCUAACUCUUGUAGGGCCCUUUUAAGUGAGCAGAGAUUAUGAACUCGGUUGAGACAUUUCCCUUGAAACCUUCCGUCAACUACUACGAAGGCCCAGAGAACUCGCUCGAAGAAAUUGAAAUGCAUUUACUCCAGUUUACAGGUGGAACCAUCGAUCUGAAUAAAAGUGACUCUGGAAUCGCAACCUUGUGCAUCAAUCACUAUAAGAAACGGAAUGCAAUCAGUGGGAAGAUGAUGGUGGAGCUCGGGCGCGUGGUGGCGGAGUUGGAGGCGUGGCGCGACGGGAAGGGCGUCAUCGUGUACGGCAGCGGCGGCACCUUCUGCUCGGGCGGAGACCUCGACAUGGCGCGCCUCACGGGCUGCGCCGCCGCCGGCUUCAAGAUGUCCGCCUACAUGACGCACGUGCUGGACCGCUUGGAGCGCCUUCCGCUGCUCACCGUCGCACUCAUCGAGGGAUCAGGCUCUACUUCAGGAUUGCAGCCUUGUCCUUGCAAAGUUUCGUCAAGAUUAAUACAUUCACUAAUGCUAAAAAUAAAUAAUUUAAAUAAUAUUUUGAUAUUUUAUCCAUUCAACAUAAACUUUUAUCUUCAAAAGUAA